AUGAAACUUGUAGGGAAUACAAAGAAGGCCCUCGUGGUAAACCUCUACUUCCUAAGUAUGGAUCGAACGUCCAAGUACCUCUCCAAGGAGAGGGGGAAGAAGAUAUGCAUAACGUAUGAACAUGAGCCGAAUGGAAGUACCAUCAGGCGGGUGGGGGUAGUAGAACCUGGCUCGACAUUAAAGCGGGAGGCGACUAAGGGGGAGACAAAUGCACAUUUUGUGAAGGGAGUAUAUCCCAAAGUGGAAAAGAAGCAGCUACCCCCCCCUGUAGGGGGACAGAUUCGAAAUGGGCGAACAGAACGAAGGGGUAAGCAGGCCAGCCAGGAUGGCAAGCGAGGUACCAAGCGGGUGACCGUAAAGAAGCAUGAAUUGAGGAAGGUUGAUGGUGAGCUUAGGAGGAAGCUUGUUAAGGUGAUGGGGGGUUCAGCUCGUGGUGAGAGUACGGUGAAGUUGGAGGGGCAAGGCGGUGAUGAUCACGCCGCUUCCCCCCAGGAGGAGGACAAGAUGGCGCACUUCCUCCGGACAUACGAGAAGAUUAGCGAAAUGCGCAAGCAUAUUGUGGCGCCGGUGGACAAGUACGGUUGCCACAUGUUAAGUGACAAAGCGGAAAGUGCAAAGGUCUAUCGGUUCCAAACGUUAGUCUCGUGUAUGCUGUCCACAAGGACGAGGGACGAAAACACCGCCAUGGCCAUGGAGAAAUUAAAAGCACACGGACUCACAGUACACAACAUGCUAAAGACAUCUGAAGAGGAAUUACAAAAAUUAAUACAAGCGGUAGGUUUUUACAAAAUUAAAGCUAAACAAAUAAUUCAGAUUAGCCAAAUAUUGAGGGACAAAUAUAAUUACGACAUUCCACACACACUGGAGGAGUUGUUGCAACUGCCAGGCAUCGGGCAGAAGGUGGCUCACCUGAUUUUACAGACUGCGUUGAAUACACAUGAAGGGAUAGCUGUGGACAUACACGUGCAUAGGAUUUCUAACCGCUUGAAUUGGGUAUGCACGAAAAACGAGUCAGGUACGCAAUGCAAGUUGGAGAGUUUUGUCCCCAAGGCUCUGUGGUCUGAGUUAAAUAAAACCCUCGUUGGGUUUGGCCAGGUGGUGUGCAAGGCGAAAAGCCCGCAUUGCAACAUGUGUGCUGUGACGGAUUCCUGCAAAUACUACCAGGACACCCGAGGAGGGAAAGCGGCCCUUGGCUCGGAGUAA